AUGAGCCCACCGCCAGCCAAGAAGGCAUCAACCUCAGCACAGCAGCUCACGCCUGCACUUGUCGUCGCUGCUCCAACAGAUCCCAGAGCCAGUGCCACUGCAGAAGAGCCUCUUUCACCAGCUUCUCCUUGUCCAAUAGCUUCGUCCUCAACGGCCCGCGCAGGAUCAAGCAGAAAAGUCGUCGACUCCACAAAGCCCAUCAUCACCACCAUUGAGUCCUCAUCCGAGUCCACAACCGAAGCACCAACUCGUCGCGGCUCAGCAGACGGACCAUGCGAAGCAUGCACCAUAGAUCGACCCUAUGUCGACCGCAUUAGAUCCCCUUCCCACACCAUCCUCGCCCUUCGUCUGCUCUUUAGCGACAAACAACGUCGGCGUCAACUCUUCACCAAUUGGGUCCACGUACCGAUUGGCAUUGCUUCUCUUCUGUUCCUUGUGUGGAUGAUCAAGCAAGCGAUGGAUAGGGCUCCUUUUAGGUUCCCCUCUCCAGUGCUUGCGAUGGUCUUGCUGUUUGUCAUGCUGCUCUUUCUAGACUAUCUUUCCACUCGAUCCUUCGUGCAAGCCCGUUUGGAGAGGGGUACUGAAGGCAAGGUACUCCUGCAACCCAUGCUGGCCUUGUUGGAAGCACCAUGUGACUUUUGUCUCCGUUACAUGAGUGUUAUGUUCACUCCGAGUUUCAUCCUCAUCCCCGCUCGAGAGAUCAUCAAUGGCAAAGAGAUCGGUCUGAUCACUGGCUGGUUUGCAGCUUCGCAGAUCGCAGCACUAGUCUUCCCCGUACUUCUUCACAAGCUCAUCCAUUGGACUGUCGCUAAAACUCGAUACCAUCUGAUUCAACGCAAAGAUCGUCAAUUAGAAAAGUCUCGACGCACAGAAGAACAACGCAGGGCAAGCAUAGCCACCCUGGUCGCUGUCAUGUCUAAUAUCAAUCCUCUUCCGCCAACUAAAGCAGAAACUCGGAUUAGCUUUAGUGACCUCGAAGCAGGAUGCAAGCCCAGAUUGGUUGGUGGAGAGAAGUUGGGUAGUGUCGCUACAGGCUUGUCUGGAAUGACGGCUAUUGCUACUGCUCCACUCACAGUCAGCAUUGCUACUCCUGCAGUGGAGACGCGAGGGCAGGUAGAGGCGAGACAAGAUGCGCAACGACAACUUGAACAGGUCCAGCUCGAAACAGCACGCCAACAAGGUGAUCCCUACGCCAUGGUCCACACUCGGCUUGCCGAUGCUCAUCAUCAUUACCCGACCCCUGCUUCGCCUAGAUCUGCUAGCUCGCAUCACAAUCACCGCCUGCAUCAGAGCUCGGAUUACUUUGCAUCUCGCCGUACCGCUGGCCGAAGAGCAAGUGAAAGAGGUGAGGGAGCGCAAGGUGUAGGAAGGAGUCGAUCUCUAGCUCGCUCAUGGGCCAGUCGCGUCGCUACAAGUCUUUCUCCCACACGCGCACCCCGUCCAAGCUCUGGAGAUGCAGACGGCACUCGAUCAGAUAUAGACAUGACUGCAAUGAAAGGCAAGUUGGGAGCAGUAGUCGUCGGCCCAGGGAGCGGACUCAAGAGCUUCUCUCUGCCUGGUAGUAGGAGACCGCAAAGUGCAAAUGCAGCUUCUGAUGGAUCAGGUAAGCUCGGAGUAGGUACCAUUGUCGACACCACCCUGUCGCCCACUUUUGAUGAGUAUAUCUUCAAGGCUCGUGAGGACCUUAUUCGACGUAAUUCGCCUCUUGCCAGUAACGCUGGGGAUGAGGAAGAAGAGAGUGUUGAUCCAAGCGACGAGGGAACAGGAGCGGAAACACUCGUCAUGCCAACGCUUGUUCCUCCUACACCCAUCCGACUCAGUCAGGAGGUCGAGCUUGCUGGUCCUCGCUCACCCACAAAAGCCAGCAAUGGUGUCAGAAGAGCCAGUAAAGCAAAUAGCGAAAUGACUGCUAGUAACGAUAACGAGAAACUCAAAUCGAACGCCACUCGCACUCCAACACCUGCACAAUCGCAAGAGCAAGAAGAGCAACUGGACGCAAUCGACACCCUAAUUCAACGCCUUUGGACUCUUAUCCCAUGGGUUAUCUUCACACUCGUAUUGAUCGCAGGUGUUCCUAUCUUUUACAUCCUAAAUGUCUCCCUUCCUCUCUUCCUGGCAGUGAACCUUCUCACUUUUCUAUGCUCCAUCACUCUCGUUCCGGCAAAGAUCAGAAGGUACGCACAUCCAAUCCUUACCACCUCCGUAGCUACAGUUUUUAUUUUGUGGGCUAUUGGUGCUAUUCGAGGUUGGACUUUGCGACGGACACUUGAGAGUUACUCGGUUGAUGCCAAGUAUACGGUUCUUUGGUCUCUAUCGGGCUACACUGGUCCGGUUAUCGGUGCGGGAGAUGUACUUUUCUCCACGCUUGAUGUGGGAAUUGUCUCUCUUGCUGUACCGAUGUACCGAUAUCGAUGGGAUCUGUGGUUUCACCUGAUCGACAUGCUAGUCGUACUCUUCCCUUGUUCACUCUUGUCGCUAUUCGUUUGGCCCACGGUAGCAGGAGUUAUCGGAAUCGCACCCGAAAGAGCCUUGGCAUUCGCUUCUCGAUUCAUGUCUACGCCUCUAGCCAUCGAGUUAUCUCUCACCAUCGGUGCAGAUGACAGUAUAACCGUCGUACUUGUCGUCAUCACAGGUAUCUUAAUUUCCAUCUUCAAAGAUCCUUUCUUCCGUCUCUUCGGCCUCAAUCCUGAUUUAGACGGCCCGCAAGAAGACUCGAAUUGCGGAAAUGUAGACAAGCGCAACCAGGACUACCUCACUAUCGGUAUCGCAAUGGGCUCCACAGCAGGCGCAAUAGGCGCUUCCAGUUUGAUCUCUAAACCGAGAUGCAUGGCUAUCGCAUCCCUGUCUUUCGUGUUGUUCGGUGCGAUACUGUUGAUCUUUGCUGCUAUCCCGCCAGUGGUGGAUACGAUGAGGAUGCUUGCCAGAGCUCCGUUGCAAUUUCUACCCGCUUCCUAA